UUAUGAUUAUGACAUCAUGCGUUUGUUCUUUAAAAUAUUCUGCUGUUUCUACUUGUGGUUUCUACAGACUAUAAUUAUGAUGGAAAUGGAAUGGAAUUGUUCGACAAAAUCUUCUUACACCCCAAUGUUUCAUUCCCUGAUUCACAUCAUGGAGAGAUAUUUGAGAAAAAUUUCUUAAUGUGCUUGAAUGAAAAUUUUUUAUAAUCACAUAGUUUCUGCUAUAAAAGAUAUUGAAUUUUUCAUACAAAGGAUUUAUUUUUCAUUUUUUUAUUCUUUUCGUGGGGCUCUGAGCGGAGUCCUGUUUUAUAAUUUAUUAUAUUUACUUCUGAGUUGUCUUUCCAACUGUACAGCGGACACACCAAUCAACCGCAUUAAGAAAAUGGACGCCGUACAAACUUUAACAAGAUGAGAGAAAUUGACUUAUCUUGCAGUCGAUUUUAUUGUUACGUUGAAAAUUAAAUCAUCGAGUUUUUCCAAGUCAUGGAAGAUUAUAUAUCGUCUUCCGAACUUUUGGAUAUUCUUGCAAAUCAGUGUGAUAUUAGAAAUCAGGAAUAUGUUGAAGAAGAAUUGAAGAAGAAUAAGGAUAUACUGUUGAAGAGCUUAUCAUAUUACAGAAAACCAAAUAAUACAUCAAAAGAAAAGUUGGAACAAGAGACAAAAGUGAAACAAUUACAAAGGAAUUUUACAUUGAAACUCAGCAAGUUUAUUGAUCUUGAUGAGUUACAGAGUCUGAAGUUGUUUUAUAGUUAUCUUCAAAACUCAUUCAGAGAAUCAAAAGAGCAACUUCAAGAAAUUCUUCAACAUGAGAUUCUCAUGGAGACCUUACUAAUAAAGGUAAUGGAGUAUUACUUUGACGAGAGAAACUCUAUAUUAAAAUGUCUUGAAGUGAUAAUUAUCCAAUCACAAAAUUCUUCACAUCCUUACCAGGAAAUUUUUGUGCAGUUUCUGGAUGAUAUUAUGAAAGAUAUGGAAAUAUUUACAGAGAUGUGGCAUGUCUACCAGACUUCUUGUCAAACACCUAUUCAUUUACCUAUGGGUGAUCAUCUAGAUAUGGUCAAAAGGCAUUCACACAGAUUUGCACGGCAGUUACUUAAUGAACAGAUUGGUGUUCUUCGUCUUCUUUAUCUUUUAUACAAACAUUUUGAUAACCCUUCAAAAUCUUUGCUUUCAGUAGUAGCCUUGUUUCAGUCUCAGGUAUUUGGUACCAGACAACUGAACAGACAUUCCUUUGAUGGAUAUACCAAGCUCAUGAUUCCACAGAUCGGAUUUCUUCAAGUAAUGAUUUUGCUGGAAGGAAUGAAAUUACAUACUUUAAUCAAGCAUGUUGAAGAGCAAAGUCUUGAAGAUCAUGUAAUUGGCAAAAUAAAAGACAAGAAGCAAUUGGAGAAAAUAUUUCUUAAAUGGGGAGACCUUGUACAUCACUCUCCAGUUAUGCUAGCGUGGGCUGCGGUCAGAUUCACAGUGAUGGACGAUGACGUAGACACGCCAAAUAUUGUACAAAUGUUGGGAAGUCGGGCGUUACAAUGUGGCGUCUUUCCUUACUUAUUUAAUCUUAUCAAAUCUUCUCCAUUUCUUGAUGAUGAAAUCCUCUCAAAUUCAUCAAGAUCUACUGUUUAUGACCUACUGUCUAUUGUUUUAACAUUGUUUCAUGAGACGACCUUAGGAGAUCCUGUGAUGAUAAUUGCUGUGUUAAAGGAAACAUUACGGAACUCGGAGCUGUGUGAAAAUUUUGGAAUAAGUCUAAAUUGUGGUAUGGCAAUGCUUUUAAAGUCCGCCACUGAAAAGUUUCCCUAUAAUUUCUCACCUUUCGCACAGAUUAUGGCUUCGCUUGCUAUGGAUGAGAACAGUAGUGAAAAUGUUUUUCAUUACUUGGAUAACAUGAAAUUCUACACUGAACUCUUAAGUUUGAACAGUUUGGAAGAUGUCGAUUGUGUUGACUCGGAUAAAACAUCGUGGAAAUUGAUCAAUGCAAAGAUUCUCUACAAGUCUGUUGUGUCAACGGCAGAUAAAAUCGUAAUUCCAAUGGGAACUGUUGGAAAAGUUACUACAUCAAAUGAAGGCGCCCAUUUACUUCAGUGGUCUUUAAAGUAUUCUUGUUGGCAGUUAUUACUUGAACUAGAUUAUUUUCUUCAAUAUGUACCUCACAGCUCAGAUCGUGAAAGACAUGAGAUGGUGAAGAAAGUACUUGAUGUUAUUGAAAUAUUACAUAAUGUAUUGCUAUAUAACUGGAGUAAGAUAAUAUCUUUGGUUAGUCUUAUCGAUAGGGUCUACUAUAUCGUACAAAAAUUCUCUGCUAACCCUAACUGUCCUCUUGAGUUGCUUGUUUCCUGUUUAAAGUGUCUUGUUAUUGUCACAUCAUAUGAAACCGUUCAGUCAUGGUUGAGUUUUCAACAGACUGGUUUUCUUCCAUUUUGUGUUACUUCAUUACAACCGAGUGACGAGAAAAUUUUAAUGAGUUCAGUGACAAUUGAUCCGGGACAUUUUGGCCACGUAUUGCCUCGUGAACGUUCACGUGGACAUUAUCCAGUAACCCUAGCAACUUUGGACAUCAUCAAAGAGUUUUUGCCAGGAAUGUGUUGUGCAGAAGCAACGAAUGGGUCAAAAAUCAAUGAUUUUGUUGCUUGUAUUGUGUUUGUGUGUCGUGAAAUAUUUACUGGUUACCAGAAAUGGUUUUACAAUAACCUUAAAGAGAAGCAAGAGAUAGGCUUAAAAUGCUUAGAAAUAUUUCAUGGAAUUCUAUGUUUAAAAGAAAAUGAUGAAAAUGAGAAGACAUUUGGCACAUCAUUUGAUAGUUCAUUUACCAACGUAACACAAUCCAAAAGUAAAACUCACGUUUUGAGAGUCGCUAGGAUGCUCAUUGAAGGAAUGCUGUGGUCAGAUGUUGGACAAACGUUGAUUAAAAUUGUUGGAAUAGGUAUUGAAGUUGUCGAUAAAGUCUCUUUAUUGCCACAAAGUUCAGCUGGAGUUGUUCUAAAUCUUGUUAAGUUCUCGUUAAUGGUUGUAAAUGAAGUUUUAGACAGAAGACCAAAGACUUAUCGUUGUGAUGAGGUAGACAUUUCACCCUUGGAGAACUCAUUAAUUACACAAGUCACUCGAAAGUUCAACGGUGAUAGCUCAGAUGGAGUUCACCUUAUUGGAACUGUUGCUUCAUAUUUGUACAUAAAAGAAGAUAAUGAUAUACCAGUAUUAGCGAUGAAAUUACUCCGAAAGAUAUCUUUCUUAUCUCCAAUGUCAAUGUUGUGUAAUCUGGGAUCUCAAACGAAGAGCCUUAGAGAUGCUAUCAUCAAUAAAUUGACAUCGUAUACUGAGGAUACAAUGUUGAAAGUUGCCAUUUUGGAUUUUUUAUCAGCCGUUGUGUCUACUCAACCUGGAUUAUUGGAAAUCUUCUUUGAUUUCAGUUCAUCGUCAAUUAUUGUGAACGAAUUUGGCUCAAAUAGUUGUCUCAAGUCACUUCUUACAAAUUUAAACCAUAAAAAUCCUGCUCCUGUUGUAGCAGCCUCUUACAGCUUUCUUUACUCUUUGUGGAGGAACCGACGUCAUGUUGCCAUGACGACAGUAAAGAAAUCAGAAAAAUUUUGGACAACACUAUCACAAUAUCUUAUGGAAGAUCUUGAUGAUUCAGAUAAGAUGUUGAUCUCUCACAUUCAAAUCCGAUCAUAUGUGUUACAGAUUAUUGCGCAUGAGUUGUUUUACAUCAAAAGUGAUGAACUAGACGCAGAGUUGAAGAAGGUCUUGGAAAUUUUUGAAGCAAAAAGAAGAUAUGAGUACAUGAUGAAACAGUAUUCUAUCUCUCCGUGGUUGUUUUGUAACGUCGAUGAAAGGAAAGAAAUGAUUGAAGCAUGUCUAAACUUUCAAAAGUCAUGGCGAACAUUUUUGAUGGUCCUUACAGAGUUUUCCAGUGUGCUGCUCAACGAUAAAAAUGCUCAAAUGAUGAUAUUGAUGGACAUAACGAGAUCUAUAAGGAAUCAUCUCGAAGAAGGAAUUGACGAAACUACUAUGAAAAUGAUUGUCGAAAAAUGUUCCUUUUUCUUAAUGUUGCUUCGAAAAUGGAUCAAAGCUGCCCAGUCAUCAUUAGAUCUAAUAGAGUCCAUCGUUGCCACAAUCACAACUGCUGAGAAAACAGACUCAAAGAUAGUAACUCACUUGCGUGUCUCACUUUUUUCCUCGUUGUCUCUCUUGUUACAAAACACGAAAAUAGAGGACCGGGAGGAAACGAGCGAAUAUUUGUUGUUGCUGCUGCCUUUAAUGUGUGAAAUGUUGCAGUAUCGCAAUGAACCUAAAGAAGAGAAACAGUGCCAUCAACAAAUAAGGUGUUUUUCAGUGUCAUUAAGUCUUCUUAAUGAAAUUGUGACGUUUGUCAAGGAGCCUGUUAAAUGGCAUCAAGUCUUCACAGAGCAUGCGUUAUAUGACAAUAUUGUGAAUAUCUUUGACGUUAAUUUAAAGAAAAUGGAAAAUGUUGAAGUUAUUGACUCUGCUAUACAUUUUAUCCUUUCAUUGGCAAACUACUUACAAACAUCCCAAUCACUCUGUUUAAACAAACUUGUUCAACCUCUUUGUCUUGGAAUGUUCUCUUUACUGAAGAAAAUCGACUGUGAAAAUUCAUCUCAGGUGUCUUUUGUUUCGUGUUUCAUAUCUUCAGAUAAAUGUUCUGAGUCUCGUGAUAAGUGGUUGAAAAUCUGGUGUUGUUCUCUUGUCGUCAUGGCGACUCUGCUUCGUAAGUUACGAUAUCAGUUCUUGAAAGAAUGUCUUGAUUUCGUGGCUGUCCAUUGCUGCAGGAUUGUCGAGGUAAUGGAUAUGGUAGGUGACGAGCUCAAAUCCUUAUGUCUUAAAGAAGUUGAAUAUAUCACAGUGUUUAUCAUUGAGUUGUCAGAAUAUCGUAAGGAAUGGCAACUUACUUUACCUCAAGCAUUUCAACAGAUAAUACAUUCAUCAUCAUGUCUUCUUCAUAAUUGUAUUGCUGUUUUGAUCAGACCACGACUUCUGGCGUAUGUUAUAGAGAAACCACGUGAUUUUUCAAAACUUUCUGAUCCAAGCUCUGUAUCAAAAAGAAAACUGUCGCAAAGUUUAUCGACGACCAGGGACUUGUUACGUCCAUUUUCUUCUCCUGAUGAACCUCUAGAAAAACAAAAUCCUGUUGUUGUUGAAACACAGAAAACAUUACUUCGUAUCGUUUGUAAUGUAAUGGCAUUUCAACGAAACUUCACUCCAAAUAUUUGUGAAUUGCUCCUUGAUGAAGGCAUGGACAUUGAUGAAUACACACCGCUGUUCACACUAACGUUUAGUGCGCCUGCGUUGGAUAAUGAAAGAUCUCCUGGUUUUGGGACGCUUUUAUCCUGUUUAAACCUCUGUCUAGGAUACAUGCAGGAGGCUGAUCCAAGACCUCUUUCCUCUCCUGAUAGAUCUCCUUGGAAAUUUCAAGCUUUAAGUUCAGCUUUAGCCAAAUCUUCUGUUAACUUUGCCAUGGACAAUUCCAUCAUACUUAUUUUAUCGCAAGCAUUGCUCUAUCUCAAAGACCCACGAGUUGAACAUGCAAACAAGCAACUUCUGAAACGAAAACUUGGAAGCGAAUUGGAGCCAUUCCUUCGCGGUGUCCUAAGACAUUUUGGGAGACGUGGUUACUCACCUUCUCCAGGCUCUACUCCAAAGUCUGUGCGCUCUACAAGCAGAUCUUUAAACCGUUCGCGAUCUGAACAUUGGGAGGGUAGUGACGAGAAAGAGGUAAAAUUAUUCAAAUUGGUGGAAGUAUUUCUCAAAACAUUCAUUUAGCCAUGUUUUCUUAUGUUACCGUCCUGUUUGUCCUCAGAACUAUUAAAGUCGGCUCAAUAAAAUGUCGACAAUCACACUUUUUGUCAAUGAAGACUAAAGAUUUACUGAAAUUUUGCAAUACCAAAUGAUCGUCCUGUAGUUGUAGUUUUUUUGUGAUCGUCUUAUUUUAAAAAAAAUCGCCAGUUAUUUUUUAUAAA